AUGACCCACAUGGACCCCUCCGACCCCGGCAGUACCCCGAGCAUCGCGCGGAUCUAUGACUACGUGCUCGGGGGCUCGGCGAACUUCCAGGUCGACCGCGAGGCCGCCCAGGUCCUGCUCGACGCGUUCCCGGGCGAGCGCGACUACGCGUGGAUCAAUCGGGCGUUCCUCCGGCGGGCGGUGACCGAGCUCUGCGCGCUGGGCGUCGACCAGUUCCUCGACCUCGGCUCCGGCAUCCCGACCGUGGGCAACGUCCACGAGAUCGCGCACCGGGUGAACCCCGAGGCCCGCGUCGCCUACGUCGACAUCGACCCGGUGGCGGUGCACCACGCCCGCGGCCUGCUGGACGGCGACCCGCGCGUCACCGCCACCGAGGCCGACGUCCGCGACCCGCGGUCGGUCCUCGACGCGCCCGGCGUCCGCGGCCUGCUCGAUCUCGAUCGGCCGGUCGCCGUGCUGGUCGUGGCCCUGCUCGACAUCCUCGAGGUCGACGACGCCGGCGCCCUCGUGGCCGCGUACCGCGACGCGUGCGCGCCGGGCAGCGCCCUCGUCGUCACCAACGGGUGCCAGAUGGCCGCGACCGACGCCGAGCUCGAGGCGUUCCGCGCGGUGCUGGCCCGGACCCCCACGCCGACGAUGACGAUGCGGUCGGCCGACGAGGUCGCGGCCCUGUUCGCGGGCUACACCCUGCUCGAGCCCGGCGUCGUGCCCAGCGCGGCGUGGCGCCCCGACGUCCCCGUGACCGCCGAGCAGGCGGCCGGGUCGAACAGCUGGGGUGCGGUCGGCCUCCGGGCGUGA